AUGGCAGUGGCUUUGUGUCUUUUCCGAAAGGCACUUGUGCAAAAUAAUGUGCUUUGCCGAUCUUUGAGUUGUUCGUCUACACUGCAAACAAAACAAUGGCGGCUUUCAAAGGGGUUAUCAUCAAAUCGCAAUGCUGAAGGAAUUCUUACGGAUGGCCCUGACUACACAUUUUUAGAUGGUAGACCUACACCUUUGCUUCAAAAGCAAAAACUCAGGAUGUUAAGGCAACAAGAAUAUGUUACAAAAAUUGUUGAACUAUCAGCAGAAUUAGAUUUUGCAAAACAAAAGUAUCAGGAUGACAAUAGAAAAGAGGCAGAUGAAAGAGAUGCGAUUAUCAAAGAUAGACUAAAGAGAAAAGGGAAGAACCUAAAGGGAAAAUAG